CUAGAAUGAUAAUGAAGUUACUGUGGCUAGUGAUAUGGAUACUUCUGAGAACACAGAAACAUCAAAUGGACCACUGCUCCCAGUUGGUUGGCAGAUGCAUAGCUACUGCAAGCCUGCUGUGAAGCAGAAUCCUUACACAAAAGAUGAAAGUGAUGAGAGUGACAGUGAAAGACAUCUGUAUUGUAUCUGCCGGACAAAGGAAACUAAUCGUUUCAUGAUUGGUUGUGACAAAUGCAAUGAAUGGUACCAUGGAGAUUGUAUCAGUAUUACAGAGGAAUAUGCUAAAAACAUACUGCAAUUCUUCUGUUUACUUUGUAGAGAAAAAGAUUCCAGCUUGGAAAUAAAAUUCAAAGAGAAAGAAAAAAAGGACAAGAAGAACAAGCAUAAAGAUGUAAAGAAGGAUGAUGGUGAGAAAAGUACUAAAAAGUCAACACGUCGUUGCGGGGAAUGUAUCAAUUGUUACAGAACAGAAGACUGUGGACGUUGCGACUUCUGCAAGGACAUGAAAAAGUUUGGUGGUCCAAAUAAAAUUCGGCAGAAGUGCAGACAGAGACAGUGCUUGAAUUUUGGUUUGGUUUUGGGAAGAAAGCCUCAACAUCAAGAAAAACAUGCAACACGAUUAAGUGACACAGAAGAUAAAGAUCCCACUUACAGCCCACCAAAGAAGCCAAAAUUAUCCUAUUCCGAUGUUGAUGAUGAUUAUGAACCAAACCUUAUUAAGAAGCUAUCUUCAAAAUCUAAACACAGUCGUAGCACAGCAGGAAAGGCCCAGAAGAAGACCAAAUUACGUUUAUCCACAAAGCACAAGAUGGGAAAAGAUGACCAUCGAAGGGAGAAAGAUAAAAUCUUUGGUCAGUACGAAGGAGAAUCCAUGAGACAGUGCUAUGGACCCGGUUGUACAAACCUAGCCCGCUCUUGCUCCAAAUAUUGCAGCGAUGAAUGUGGUCUAAAGCUAGCCACAAA